UGGAAUGGGCUCGCGAGUAGCGACCCAUACAAACACACGCUGGAGGUGCCCAGGUUUGCGUUUGCGUUGACUCCGCGAUCUCAAAGAAGUAGAAGGAUCUAACUUGGACCACGACUGGAUUCAAGCUUUUCGGUACCUUCUUGGCGGGCUUCUCGUGUGGAACACACGGGUGCAUCACUUUUGAUUUAGUUUCUGCACUUUAUUUGCUCGACGCGAUACUGCGCCGCUCGCUAGGCUAAAUGGGGUCGUACGCUGACUCUGCUUGUUUUGAUGGUGCAUUUGGAAGUCCGGACUGAAAAGACUUUUUCCUGCACACGAGCUACCUUUUUGGUACUUACCGGUUUUUGUGUUGCGUGUGUUAGAAAGUAAGGUGAUGGGUUAUUUAAAGUUAGUUCUGCUAAACAUGUACCAUGCUGCUAAAGAAUAGACCUUCGCCGAGGUGUCUAUAGACUCCCGACCGUGCUUGUUUUGGCAUGGGCUGCUAGCUCGCUAGCUAAUUGAAGCGCUCGCCUUAGCAAAAUUAACUUAGCCGAAAGAGCAAGCAGCGCGAACAACUACGUUUUCUCAAUGGAGAGAGUUUAAUUUUGUUAAAUUAACUUUUCUUUCCCUUUUGGGGUAAAUUUAUUUGUGCAAAUCAUUUAACAUAAAAACAAGCAUUUUUUUCUAAAAUGGCAAGUCCAUCUACAGAGCAGGGAUGUUUUUCAGACGUGAGAAAGGUGGGUUAUUUAAGGAAACCCAAAAGCAUGCACAAAAGGUUUUUUGUACUGCGGACUGCGAGCGCUACCGGACCUUCCAGGUUGGAGUACUACGAGAACGAAAAGAAAUGGAGACAUAAGUCUGGGGCUCCCAAAAGGUCCAUUCCACUCGAGAGCUGCUUUAAUAUCAACAAAAGAGCGGAUUCCAAAAACAAAUACCUUGUCGCCCUUUACACGAAGGACGAAUACUUCGCGAUCGCUGCAGACAACGAGUUGGAGCAGGACGCGUGGUAUCAAGCCCUUGUAGACCUUCAUAACAGAGGUAAGGUCCAUGAAAAUGCUGGGAGCAACGGAUUCGGGGAGGAAAAUUACGGCGAGCCCAGCCCGGGACCUGCCUUCAAAGAGGUGUGGCAGGUUAUCCUGAAACCAAAGGGACUUGGACAGACAAAAAACUUAAUUGGGGUUUACAGAUUGUGCCUGACAAACAAGACUUUGGGUUUUGUCAAACUGAAUUCUGACGCGGCGGCGGUAGUGCUGCAGUUAAUGAAUAUUCGAAGAUGCGGCCAUUCCGAAAAUUUCUUUUUCAUAGAAGUUGGGAGGUCUGCGGUGACGGGAGAGGGCGAAUUUUGGAUGCAGGUCGACGACUCCGUCGUGGCUCAGAACAUGCACGAGACUAUUCUGGAAGCCAUGAAAGCCAUGAGCGAAGAGUUUCGACCGCGCAGCAAAAGCCAGUCUUCCUCCAGCUGCUCCAACCCAAUCUCGGUGCCGGUCAAGACGAGGCACCAUCACAACAACCCUCCUCCGAGUCAGGUGGGGUUGGGGAGGCGUUCGAGGACCGAGAGCACAACAGCCACCUCCCCUGCUGGCCAAGGGAGACACAGCCACUCGUUCAGGGUGAGGGCGUCCAGCGACGGCGAGGGUACCAUGUCCCGGCCAGCGUCCACGGAGGGGAGCCUCGGCAGCCCGAGCACAGCCCGGCCUCGGUCCCUUCGGCACAGGGGAGGGUCCAGGCUGCAUCCGCCGCUGAACCACAGCAGGUCCAUCCCCACGCCCUCAUCGCGGUGCUCUCCGUCCGCCAUCAGCCCGGUGAGCCUGUCCUCCAGCAGCACCAGUGGGCAUGGCUCCGCCUCCGAGUGCCUCUUCCCCCGGCGCCCCAGCGCCUCCGUCUCGGGGUCGCCCAGCGACGGCGGCUUCGUCUCGUCCGACGAAUACGGCUCGAGCCCCUGUGAUUUCCGGAGCUCCUUCCGCAGUGCGAGCCCGGACUCUCUCGGACAAACGCCUCCGGCCAAAGACGAGGAGCUGAACAACUACAUCUGCAUGGCCAGGCCAGGCUCGCUCGCCAGUGCUGGGAGCCAGCCACGGAGUCAGUCCAGAGGCACGCUGUCCCGCUCGGACGAGCCGGAGCUGGAGAAGUGUUUCAGGAAAAGGACUCAUUCGUCCGGCACCCCGCCCCCGACGGCGUGCCACCAGAAAACGCCUUCGCAGUCCUCCACGGCCUCGUUGGACGAAUACACGGUCAUGACGCCGGCAUGCCCCAGCAGCCGGUCCGCGUCGUCGACGUAUCGGAACUUACUCGUCGCCACCCACUCAUAUCCAGAGGAAGGCUUGGACAUCCCGUCAGCAGGUGGAGGCGGCGGGUCGAGCCACAAGGACGACGGCUACAUGCCCAUGUCGCCCGGCGUGGCCCCUGCUGCGAUGGCGGGGAAGAGUGCCGACUACAUGCCCAUGAGCCCAAAGAGCGUCUCAGCCCCGCAGGAGAUCGUCAACCCGCGGCAGCACUCACGCGUGGACCCCAAUGGCUACAUGAUGAUGUCACCAAGCAGCAGCUGCUCCCCGGAUGUCUUGACUAACUACGGGAAGCUCUGGACCAACGGCGUCAACCCCAAGCUGUCAGUUGAUAGCACAGAGGGCAAGGCAUCGCCGUGCGGGGACUACAUAAACAUGUCUCCCGCCAGCUGCUCGACGGCCGGGACCCCGCCGGACUGCUAUUUCAACCCCGUGGACGAGCGCUCCAGGUCUUCCUACGCCUACUUCUCACUGCCCCGCUCCUUCAAACACGCCAACAGGAAGCAGGAUCAGAAUUCCCUGCAGGUGUUGUCGGGGGCCAGUCGCCUCGUCUGCGUGGAAUCCUCCUCUUCCUCCGCCAGCAGUGACAGUUUGGGCGGGCAGUAUGGCUCGCACCCGCCCGCUGUGAGGUCGGAGGUCAACUCUAGGCUCGCCCGACCCACGAGGUUGUCGCUGGAUGCCAGCAAAGCUAGCACGCUUCCUCGAAUGCGAGAGAACCCGUUUCCCCCUGAACCUAAGAGCCCCGGCGAGUAUGUCAACAUCGAGUUUAACGACAAACCGUUUUCUGCGAGUUUAGUCUCUCUGUUUUCACCAGCGUUUGCCAACAACGGAGCCGAUGUCCAGACAGACCCGCCGUCCUCCGACUACAUGAAUAUGCAGUUGGGCUCGCAGAGCUCACUGUCGAACCCUAUGGUCCCAGCUCCAGCUUCCUGUUCAGACUAUGCUAUUGUCACUCCGUCGAAGACCUCUGCUUCUUCUGACCCUCUGCCUUGUGAGAAUGUCCGUGAGCGUGACUACAUCAGCCUGCAACUGGCUGGCCCCUGCAGAGCCUUUCCUGAUUCCCAGAUGCUCGCGAAUGCUUCCUUACCAGACGCGGAAGCCUGCGUGUGUUCAACCAACGACGACCUCUUGACGCUAGGCGGUGCCCCAGGUCGACCUGUCCUUAUCGGCCCCAUGUCAGGCCUGAGUGCGUUUACCCGGGUAAACUCCACCCCAGCACGAAACCAAGGCGCCAAAGUGAUCAGGGCUGACCCUCAGGGCCGGAGAAGGCACAGCUCGGAGACCUUUGCCUCCACGACGACGAAAGGGGCCGUAGGUGCGCCGACAGGCUUUCAGUCUGAGGACGUGAAGCGACACAGCUCCGCCUCCUUUGAGAACGUUUGGUUGAAGCCCGCCGAGACCACAGCCGGCGGGCACAGGGAAACGCCGAUGGCUCCCAGCCAGGACCAUCAGGACCAGAACGGGCUGAACUACAUAGAUCUGGAUCUGGCACAGAACCAUGAGCAGCUUAUUCUGGACCAGAACUUGUUCCAGGCCCGGCAGGCGGAACUGGGAGCAAUGGGAGGGGCCGAGGAACUCGCCGCCUAUGCCAGUAUAAACUUCCAAAAAGCAGACGAGACCAGGGAAAACUUCGGCCAUAGGGAAGAGUGAAAACCAGGCAACCACAUCUUCCCACGAAUCACAUUCGCUCCCUGUCCCUCUUUGCCAUAAAAAUGGACUUCAGAACCUCAGCAUCAUGCAAACCUCAGUGACCUGGACCUCAGGUUACGCUUACAAACUGGACCUCACAGCACAUACUGCGACCUCACAAAAAGCUGGCCUUCAACAAACUGUAUUUCCCACAAAACCUGGGGGGGCUGCACAUGCGGGGAGGGUUGAGGGAGGGGUGCGACGCCACACGACACGAAGCCCUCGGUGGCAGAACAGGUUAGCCACCAGCCUUGGCCUCUGGCAUUCUGAUGACUGCAGUUCGACAUUCUGGCGCAGAGGCACGAUCAGCACUGACUCCGCCCCCUCUGUCAUCCAUGCCCCUCCCCCACAAACCCUGGCCCCGGCUCAACCAUGCAGACCUCAUCCUUCAGCAGGUCCUCGUAUGCAUCGUUGUUCAUCAUGAGAACUUUGUUACGUGGGUGGUACAGACCGCUACCCAAUAGCGGGUUCCUAUAGGCUGAACACAGCACAGCAGUGUUUACUGCAUCCACGGCUACACUAAUAUUUAACGGUCAGACUAUUUAUGUUGCCGGCGGUACACCCAGCAAGUCGGAAAAUGCACGGCAGCGUUUUGGUACAGGGAUGUUGUGCAAGUCGUUUAAGGUGCUCCUCUAUGUGUGUGUGACGUUUCGUUUCAACGCAACGCUUCUCAUGUUGUGCAGCUGAUGGUACCCCAUCCUGUGCAUGGUACUGCACACGAGCACAGACACACCAGGGCGGUAUACCACGAGGCAGGAUUCUCGGGUUAGCAGGCUAAUUAUGGGUUUAACAGUAUCGCGAUGGGGGCUCAUCGCUCAGUACCCCUUCAGUUGCGGCGAUGUCUUACAACCCAAGCAGGCUGUGUUAGGUCUUAGUUUGACCGAGUUAGAACACUUUGUCUCUUGGCCAUAUAAGAGAUAUGGGUGAUGCUUGCUUUAAGCAACAAUACUUAUAUAUACACGCAAAAAAUAUUAGGUCUGUCUUCUGAAGUAGGCUACAGUCCUCUUCAUUUUAUUGAGAUAAUUGAGAUUGCUCUCCCCAAGUCCAGCUUGCACAGACAUUUUUGUUGGGAUGAUUAUGAUGAAUCACAGAGGCGUGUUUUGCUUGCUACAUAAAUUCGGGAAGCCAUAACGGUUCCCUUCCCCCUCCAUAAUUAUAAACCACAAAGUCGUCUCAAAAGGCCUAACAAACGCAUGAAGCGGCUAACUUGAUCAAAGGUCAAUAAUAGCAUGGUUCGAGACCCUGGGAGGAACUUGGAGAAGCCACAGGGAAACAUGCACAUCUUUACUGAAGAAUAUGGCGAGCACACCCAGUUUAUAGGGCACUGAAAUAUGAAUAAGCACGGCUAAAGUCUUUUACUUGGUUCACUGCUGUUUCCUUUGGUACCUUUAAUAUCGAUUAGACUCGUGUGAGAAUGGCUGGUUUAAUAAAUCCAGUCUUGUUAAAGAAAGCCAGGCUAUACUGAGCUUGCUUCAUGGUAUACCCUCAGAGUCAACAGAUAAAUACCUGAAUACCCUUACCUCAGGACUUCAGGGGCUAACACUUUGUGCUUAAGCAGAGUGAAGCAUGAUUGACCUCACAAUGUGUGCGCGCGCACACACACACACACACACACACACACUGUGACCCCUUUUACAUUUAACUUCUUUUUGGACUGUUAUUUCUGAGUCGCGUCAUUAAUCUUGUGUAAUAUAUGUUUGUUGGUCAGUGGACUACUUGCUGUUUGGGUACUGAGUUAUGUUAAUAUAUCUGAGCAUUACAGCAGAUGAGCCUUGUAGGCUAAGCACAGGUCCGAAUUGUUUCAUACCUUGCACAUUCAGUGUAGAUUUGUGUAAUGUUUUUUGCCGCCAUUUUGCCUCGCCUACCAGCACUGCAGCGAAGCAAGAGCCAACCCUGAAUGGUGCACAAAUCUAACUGGAGCAAUUCAUGUCACAUGAUUUGCUUCCACUGCAAACGGAAGGAGCGGAUGUUAACAGAAUCAUAACCCCAAAAUUGAAUUAAGACUUGUAUGUUAGUCGUUACCAAUACUUGGGACGUUCUUUGCCUAGAGCCAACAGACCUCCGCCAGGUCUUGUUAGCAUAAUUAGGGUUUGUGGGUAACGGUAGUCCUUAACCAUUUCACUCAAGUUCUUGAGAGGCGAGAGAACAAACGGUACUGUUGACAUCCUGCAACUCUCACAGGGAACUUCAUUGAUUCAGGACAUUGGUUUCUUUUUGAUGUACCAUGGAGUCUGCAGUUACGCAGGAUAUGCUUUGGUCCAGUGGUCUGCACCAACGCAUCCGUUGGUUUAUUUAUGACUGAACCUUGUUAACAGAAGCUGUUUCUUUUACAGGUUGUAGUGCAAGUCUGUGACUUACAGUACUGAUGAACCUUGUUAGCCAGUAUGUUUGUACCUUUUUUGUCUUCUGAUUUUUAUUUUAAUCACAUUUUAUUUCAUUUUAUUUUUGCAUAAAAAUCUUUCCCUGUGACAUAAUCUGAGGGUCAUGUUGAGACAAAGAAAAAGGGUAUCAAAGUGUCACUUUUGCUGCUGAUGUGGGAAAAACAUUGACACAAAUCUAUGUAAAUUAUUAAAUAUGGAUAUUUCAUUCAUGAUUUUGUUCGUGUUAAGUAUUUAACUUUUUGCUUGUAGACUUGGGUUGACAAGUGGGCUUGUUUGUUUGCUUGUUUGUUUGUUUUUUGGGGGGGGGCUUGCAUCUUGUUUAUUGAUGCAAGUAAUUGUUUAUAGUAACAUGUAUAUGCCAUUGCUUAGGGGUGGGAAAGGGUGUGGCUCUUUCAGAGGGUGUUUAUCAAGACUUGCCACUUAACAAGAACUCCUUCCCCAGUGCAGUUAUACACCGCUCUGGCAACCCUGGCUUUGGCAGUUGUUCUGUAACCUGUUUAAGCCGUGAUCAACAACCUCCUCUCUUCUUCUUUUUUUUUUUUGGGGGGGGGGGGGUGUAUAUGCAUUGUUUCUCCAGAACAUGACUGAAUGAUCAAUUUACUCUGCCAAGGUAUACAUGGCCAAACAAUCUUGUCUUCCACUGUAUAUAAUGUAUGUACAAAAAUGAAUUAUGGACAGCUUUGAGUGGACCGGUUUUAAAUGGGUGCAUGGUCAAAUUAAACACAGAAGAAUCCGAUAGAAUGUUCUGAACAGGUGGCGAGGCACGAACAAUACGUCAAGUGAGGGUAAACAAAAUGGAUGUAUAGAUAAAACUGAAUGAAUGAAUAAAUGUGUUUUUAAGACUGAACCCACCAGCAGUGAGGUGAGGACUGUAUGGGUCCCUCCUCUCCCCUCUUAUUUAGGAGAAUGGUAUCUUCUGGAAUUUUGCUCUGUAAUAAAUUCGAAAUUUAUCUUUUUUGAAA